AAAACCCAAACCCGUACCCGGAUCCGAGAAACGCCAAAAUCACAAAUGAGCCAAAGUAGGAGUGUAGAACAAUAACACAACCCGAAAAUCUCAGUAAAACCCUUAAUUAGACCAAGAUGCAGCGCCUCUGCUCCAAGCUUCGCUCUUUCCCCAUAUCAUCUCUCUCUUCUUCUUCUUCGCUGCCCCGAUCUUCUCCUCGCCUCCACCGCUCUCUCCAUUUCUCUUCAAACACCACUCAUUCAUGGAGCUCAAGUAGGUCCGUCUUCAAUGCCCAUUCAACACCACUCCUCGUCGCCUCUCUUCGCUCUUCAACGUUUCCCAUCUCCAUGGUUCAAGUGCGGUAUGUUUCGUCACGAGAGCGUAAGAAUAGGAGGAAGCCAAUGACGCCGGUUACUUCCAAGAUAAAGAAAGUCAAAAUCAAGGGUUACUCGUCGUACAAGUCCCGGUUCAGGUUAUUGAAUGAUGGUACUAUUCGACGCUGGAGGGAGGGCAAGCGGCAUAAUGCACAUUUGAAGUCAAAGAUAUCCAAGCGUAGACUGAGACAACCUGCCCUCGUCCAUCCUGCUUAUGCCACAGUGAUGAAGAAGCUCGGUUUUUGUGCUUGAAGUUUUUGAAUCUCAUUUAGGUACUGCCAGUUCAUGGAGUGAAGAGGGAACCAUGUAGGCCUUUGAAAUUGUAUUCCUUCUCUCUAUCUCAUUGCUGAGUUCCUUUCAGCUCCAGAUGAAAUUUUUUGGUACACACAUUUGAGGUUGGGGCUGAUGAAAUAAUCCGCUAUUCUCUUCUUGAAUUUCUAUUUUAG